AUGUAUUCUCAGCAGUGAUUAGGGAGUGUCAAUAAACUCAACCAAAUCCAAGGAAACCAAACAGGGAAGAAGACACCAAUAUGCAAAUCACUCCAGAGCAUUUCACGGGAUCUUUUGCAGCAUUUUCUAAAAGUUUGUCUUAUUAAGAAUAAUACAAUACCUGUGUAUUUUGCUCAUGUGUUUCCUGCUUUUACUGUAAAAGGCUUGCGUUUUCCACUAUGGGUAAGGCAGAUGCCCACUCCAUGGUUUAUAAAUGACAUGGGCAAUUUGCUCACUGUGGAAAAUGGACCCCCAAGGAUGUUUUUCAGAAACCUACACUAGUAGUGAUUGUACAGCAGACCCAAGCCAUUUCAAAGAGAUUCCUGUCUAAAGUUUAAGAACCAGUGUCUAGUGGAAAAGGCUCAGUAAUUGUGAUGCACCCUCUCGUAGUGACGAUCGAUAUCACAGCAGUACAAUCUGUGCACCCUCUCGCACUGACGAUCAAUACCACAGCAGUACAAUCUGUGCACCCUCUCGUAGUGACGAUCGAUAUCACAGCAGUACAAUCUGUGCACCCUCUCGUAGUGACGAUCGAUAUCACAGCAAUACAAUCUGUGCCCUCCCCUUGUCCCGAAUGAUAAGGAGUGAAACCCUGAUAACGCAGCCAGCAUGCCCUGCCUGCACGGCAGUGCAAGGAAGUGUAUUUUGAACUUUUCCUUUUGACACAGUGGAUCAAGCACAGUAAUGUGCGUGACACACUGCAGUGUAGCAGGGAAACUAAGCAACGCAAUGUUCCUGGUAACGGUAUGCAGUGGAACAGCAGCAGUACUUGAUCAGGGUUCAAGUUUUGGAAGAAGUACAUACAGUGUACAUACAGAGGAGCAUGCCUUCCAGUGUGCGUGUGUGUGUGUGUGUAUAUAUAAUAUAAAGAAUAGUGAUGGGGUUCAGUGAGUUACAGGAAAAUAAUUCCAUCUAGGGUUUUUGUGACUCACAGAAACCCGAGAAGGAAUUGUUUUCCUGUAACUCACUGAAGAGACCCAUCUAUUAUUUUUUAUAAUACAUGGAUACCCUUGUGAUGCUAAUAUUAAAGAAGACGAGGUUCAGCAGUACAGUUGGGUACAGACGUUCUAUGUGUUAUGCGUUCAGCUUUAUUUGGAUGAUUGCCUUUACCUUGUUUUAAUUUCCUCUUCCUCUCCAGUUUCUCGGAGAUACGAAUGUACCAGCAUUACAUCAUUUUUUUUUUAACAUAUUCUCGUUUUGUUGAUCAUUAAUGAACAUUUCUGUACUGUGGGUGUUGUCGAGUGAUUGAAAACGAGACAUUUUGUGUUUGAAUUGAAAGUGAUGGUCUCGAGGAGUCGAAUGGACCAAAGUUCAAGUAUAUUUUCCUCUAGAGGAAUUAUCACUUUUUGACGUCACUACUGUGGUAUUAUGCCUUUUUUUUCGAAUGGCUCAGGAUUCAAAGGUAGCCUUCAUCCUGUUCCAGUGUGUGUGUGUAUAUACCGACUCCUGUUUUUCCCGAUAGUGCACUUGUGGUCCUGGAAGGGAGCACUGUAUUUUAUAUAAUUAUGCAUAUGUUGACAAUUCAGAAAUCUAUAAUCUCCCAAAGCGAGUUUGAUUCUUACUUUGCUUCUUUUGGAAUUUCUUUUAGGGGUUAAUCUUGCUUUUAACGUUUGUUUUUCUUCUGAAGAAGGUACGGUAGACAAAAAUAGAAUUGGACGGUUUCUGAACUGCCCUGAGAGAAUUUCAGAUUUUGCUUUCUAACAUGUAUGUGUUUCAAAGCUAGGUAUGAACAGCCCUGAAUAAUAGUUUAAGUCCUCCUUUGUAAUUUGUGUUUUCCUUCAUUGGAGUUAAGGAAAACCCCCUCCAUUGUAUUCUAAAAACAAUAUCUGCUCAAGUGCCCCCCUUCCAAACUGUACAGAACCUCCUCCCUGAUUUAACGUCCUAGCAGCCAAAGCAAACAUAUGCUCUUAAUUGCAUGAAGGCAUCCUCUCUUUGAGGCAGGGGUGCAUGUGGGCUCCAGACACAUACACACUAUCCGAGCUCAAACAGUAACAUGGAUGCGGUGCACUGGGAGAGGAAAGAUUUGCAAGCAAACUUGGAGCUGGCUCACUCGGAGAAGGGUUUCACUAAGACUUGAGGUAUUCAAGGGUGUGCACAGACACAGUCUAACCCUUUAAACCCUCUGUAGAAAUGAAAGCCUGAAAGUAGACCUCUGCUCGGCUCUCUUCGAAACGAGGAUCGCUUGAGAGGAGAGGGUUACAGUUUCCAUUCACUUGUGGAAAGAGAGAAAACCAGAUCCAGAUGUGUGGAAACCGAUGAAGCUGAUCUACACGAACGCCCCGACCUAUUCUUUACAAGCAGCAUAUGACAGUUAAUACUUCACCUAUUAACAAGACUGGGCGUGCACAAGACGGUGUGUGUCACAGAGGAGCUGAAGUAGAAGGACCAGCCUGGUUGCACCUCUUACUGGUAGGUGCCUUUGGAAGGAUCAGACAUGGCCAAGGGACAGAUAGUUAGCAAGGUCUUAGCUGUUUUUGCUAUAGUGGUUGUAGCCGCAAUUCUGGGCUCCAUCAUUGCGCUGGCAACGAGUUACGUGGAAGAGAGAAUAAAACAUCCAGUGACCACCCUACCUCCCCCGAUCACCACCCCCAGCCCUGAUGCUCCGUGUUUUAACCCAUGGGACGAGAGCCGACUGCCGUACUCCUUGAUUCCUUCGGGAUACAGCGUGACGCUCUGGCCUUCCUUGAAGCCGAACGACGAAGGCAUGUUCACCUUCAAAGGCAACUCCACUGUCGUCUUCAAGUGCGAGAAGAAAACAGACCUCAUUGUGAUUCACAGCCGCCUGCUGAACCUGACCACGAAAGGGGAACACCUUGCGGACGUCAGGGAUGUCAGCAGCUCCAAGUCAGUUGACAUUCAGUAUAGCUGUUUAGACACCAGCAAUGAGUUCCUGGUGGUCCAGCUUCGCGCUAACCUGACGGAAGGGAAGACCUAUGAGAUGAUCACAGAUUUUACUGGAGAGCUGUCUGAUGAUUUGGUUGGCUUCUACCGGAGUGAAUACAUGGAGGGUGGAGAUAAGAAGUUAGUCGCCACCACACAGAUGCAGCCCACGUAUGCCAGGACAGUUUUCCCCUGCUUCGAUGAACCAGCCAUGAAAGCACAUUUCAACAUCACUCUGAUCCACGACCCCAAGCUCGUGGCUCUGUCUAACAGUCCUGUGAUUGACUCAGUGAAUAGGACCUUUGAUAAGGCUGAAUGGGGAAUCACUACAUUUCACCCAACACCGGACAUGUCGACCUACCUGCUGGCAUUCAUCGUCUGUGACUUCAAGAACAUACAUGCCCUGAACAGAAACGUCUCGAUCCGAAUCUGGGCCCGGCCGGAGGCUAUUGCGGAACAGCAGGGAGAUUACGCUCUGAACAUUACCGGACCAAUCCUGCAGUACUUCGAGGACUACUACAGCAUACCCUACCCCCUGGCAAAGUCAGACCAGAUAGCUCUUCCAGACUUCAGUGCUGGGGCCAUGGAGAACUGGGGCCUGGUGACGUACCGCGAGACCGCUCUGCUGUACAAUCCAAACAUCUCCUCCACCAGUAACAAGGAGUGGGUUGCCACGGUGAUUGCUCACGAACUGGCCCAUCAGUGGUUUGGAAACCUGGUGACAGUGCGCUGGUGGAAUGAUCUGUGGCUGAAUGAAGGAUUCGCUACCUAUGUGUCCUACCUGGGAGCAGAUCACGCAGAGCCCAGCUGGAACAUUAAAGACCUGAUUGUGCUGCAUCAUUACCAGAAGGUGUUUGCAGUGGACGCCCUCAACUCCUCUCACCCGCUGAGCUUGGAUGAGGAAGAGAUCAGCACCCCGCUUCAAAUCGGAAAUCUGUUUGACUCGAUCACCUAUAGCAAGGGAGCUGCCGUGCUGAGGAUGCUGUCUGGAUUCUUAACAGAGAAUCUCUUUGUGGGGGGGCUCAAAACAUACCUGGAGCAAUACAAGUACAACACUACUGUGUACCAAGACCUUUGGGAUCACUUGCAGCAGGCUGUGAACAAGCAGCAGAACAUAACUCUACCGGACUCGGUGGAAAACAUCAUGAACAGAUGGGUCCUGCAGAUGGGCUUCCCUGUGGUAACCAUCAACACCACAACCGGCACACUGACCCAGAAGCACUUCCUUCUGGACCCCGACGCAGAGGUCACAAGGUCCUCCCAAUUCAACUACACCUGGUUUGUUCCAGUGAGUUGGAUGAAGUCUGGGAUUCUCCAAACUGACUUCUGGCUGCUCAAUACCUCAGAAACGAACACAACUGUGCAAUCCAACAGCACUGAUUGGGUGCUGGCCAACAUCAACUGUACUGGAUACUACAGGGUUAACUACGACACUGAGAACUGGAACAGGCUUCUUCAGCAGCUGCAGGAUAAUUUUACUGAAAUCCCUGUGAUUAACAGAGCCCAGCUCAUUGAUGAUGCGUUCAAUCUGGCCAGGGCAGGGUAUAUCCCGACCACACUGGCUCUGGACACCACCAAGUACCUCUCCAAAGACGUGGAGUACAUGCCUUGGGAGUCGGCUAUAGACAAUCUGGGGUACUUCUCCCUCAUGUUCGAUCGCACUGAAGUGAAUGGGCCCAUGCAGACUUACCUCAGGAAGCAAGUGACUCCUUUGUUUGACUAUUUUGAGAACAUCACUGCGAACUGGACAGAGGUACCCUUGGGACACACUGACCAGUACAACGAGGUCACUGCCAUUGAGGUUGCCUGUGAGAACGGUUUGAAGAAGUGUCAAGAGCUGGCCUCCAGUCUGUAUCGGGAAUGGAUGGACAACCCCAGCGUCAACCCGAUCCAUCCAAACUUGAAAACGACCAUCUACUGCAAUGCGAUAGCCGCGGGGGGCGUGGAGGAGUGGGACUUCGCGUGGGAGAGGUUUCAGAACGCCAUCAUCACCACGGAGGCUGACAAGCUGAGAUAUGGGCUGUCCUGCUCCAAGCACAUCUGGAUCUUGAACAGGUAUCUCAAGUACACUCUGGAUCCGGAGAAGAUCAGGAAGAUGGAUUCCAUCCCGACUAUCAACUAUAUCUCUAGAAACGUGGUAGGCCAGUCGUUGGUAUGGGACUUCAUCCGAGCCUACUCCAGCACCAUCUGCAGCGGGUCCUCUCCGAUGGACAGCCUCCUAGAGGGAGUGACUCAGAGAUUCUCCACAGAGCUUGAGCUCACACAGCUUCAGCAGUUCCGCCAGAGUAAUGACAUCACAGAGGACUGCUUGAGCACGCGGACGCUGAGCCAAGCUAUAGAGAGGACCCAGCUGAACAUCAAGUGGAUCAAUGAAAACAAGGACCCCGUGUUCAACUGGUUCACCUCCAACUCACUUUAAAUCAUGUAGAUUUCACAGGAGCCACAGAGAACAGUUUCAAAAACAGCUGCUCCUUUAAUCUGAGUCAAAGUGCAAUACACCGGUGCUGAUAAACCUGAAGCUUGAUGACACUCUUACUGCAGUGCGAGAUCAUAUUACAUUAUGGCUGUCAUUAUCCCAAAACUGCAUUGAAAUUCCAGUGUGAUACAGUGCAAUGUGCGGCACCAGCACAGGCACCUGUCCUAAUCAAAGCCAUUGCAAGUGUUUGCUGGACUGCAGCCGCUUUUUUUCCAAUCUGCACAAUCAUUUUAUUUUGUGUAAUUUUUGUAUUUAUUCUUAUCCCGUCUUGAAACUUGAAAUCCUCACUCUUUCAGCACAGCCUCUAGGGCGGUGUGGGGCUGGAAAAGGCUUCAGGCUUCCCCAGAGACAGCCUGGAACCCUUCCCCCUCACCGGGCUCCCCAUCACCCGUUUAUAAUACCUGGGAAUAUAAAAGGGCUCUCUAGAAAUACAUAGGAGUUUUAUAAUUACAUUUUAAUGGCAUUUUGUAAAAAUAAAAAUACAACUUUAAAAACUACAAUGUGUAUUUUU